UCGCGGUAUUUCACGCCAGUGACGCGUCUCACAUUCCAGGGCUGCGUCACGCGAGCGUAUAAGAGGACGGCUCGUUGUUGCCGUCUUCACCACCCGCGAGCAUCACCGCAAAGAUGGCUUCUGCACUCCAUGUUGUCUUCCUCCUCUGCGGGAUCAGCGGACUGCUGGCCGUAGCCUCGGCCGAUCAUAAAAAAGACUGCUGUUGCCCUAAGGAGUGGAUUCAGUUCCAAUCAUACUGCUACAAGCACAUAGCGCUGAAGAAGAACUUUUCAGACGCAGAGGAGACCUGCCAGCUGUUCCACGGCAAUCUGGUGUCCAUCGAAGGCCCGGUGGAAAAUGCGGUGGUUUUACAACUGAUCCGCGACAAUAGCGGUGGUUUCACCAACGACACCUGGAUCGGAGCCCAAGAUACUUUACAGGAUGGCACCUAUUUGUGGACCGACGGCGCGCCUUUCGUGUUCAAUGACUUUGACAUGGUUACUAAUCCUGGCCCCUGUGCCGAGAUCGACGAAGACGAGCGCUGGAACGGCGACGACUGCACCGACUUGAAUCCGUUUGUUUGCGAGAGAGACGUGUGCAUUUAGUCGGCCCCGUGGCCGUCGUAUCUUCCCUGACAACGUCUCUCCCUACUCGCCAUGACGUGAAGAUAUGACCUUCUUUGUCCUCUGGGUGGCUGGUGGUCGCUGUCAAUCAAGCUUAUUGGAACCUCGAAGUGUAUCUCUUUAAUAAAUGAAGGAAACUGUCCC